UUCAAUCAAAUGAACCGAUCUUGUAGAAACACUGGAAUCAUUUAUGCAUUGCAGUUUCUCUUUCUUGUUUUUGCUCCUUCUUCUCUGGGAUAUUUUGAGGGGAUUGUGUCUAUUAGUCAAGAUCUCGUGCUGUUCGUGGUUUGCUUGUCGUUUUCGCUCAGGAUUAGCAUCAUUCAAGACAAACGCAAAGCUGCUUUUUUCCCCCCACUCUCUUUUGAAAAAUCAUUUUUGGGGGCUGCUGAAGAGAGCUAGGACCCAGGAGACACCUUCCCAAACAGCAGGGGUUGUGUGCUUUCACAUAGCAGUACUGUACAAGGAAAACCCCGUCGGAUCUGUUAUUGCGGGAUACUUGUGAAAUAUACAUAGGAUUCUUUCUUAUGGCUGCAUCCCGGAUUUGGAAAUUUUACUUGGGGACCAGGAAGAUUUGAACGACUACAUGUAUCCAGAAGAUUUGCAAGCAAGACUCCGAUUCUUGUCAUAGAGCUCACAGACUUCCUCACUUAUCAGCCUUUUUCCUUCCUUCUUUUUUAAAUUUUUUUUUUAUUUCCCCCCUCUCUUUUUUAUGCUCUCUUCUCUCUCAGUCUCUCCUUUUCUAUCUGCCUCUUCUUUUUUUCUCCUAGUCUUCCCCCCCGCCCCUGCUCUGCACCUGGAUUGUAUCUUCACCAAACAAUCGGGCACUUUGAGAACUAACUGGAGACAGUCUUGUAGGGAAGAUCUGUAUGGAAUUAUCUGCUUUUAUGGUGAACUUGGCAUUUGUGAAUGGGUAUCUUGUUCAUGAUAUUAAUUGCUAGCAAAAACAAGAAAAAGAACACAGGAGUAAAACGUGGAUUUUUCUGAAUACGCAUUGUGAUGACCAGCAAUUACCUUACCCACUGAUAUCCAGAGGAGAAUAAUUUGGAAGACUGUUGUGGGGAACAGCCUUUAAGAGCUGGAAGAUGAAAGCUCCGAUUCCGCAUUUGAUUCUCUUAUAUGCUACUUUCACUCAGAGUUUGAAGGUUGUGACCAAAAGAGGCUCUGCUGAUGGAUGCACGGAUUGGUCUGUCGACAUCAAGAAAUACCAAGUUUUGGUGGGAGAGCCUGUUCGAAUCAAAUGCGCACUUUUUUAUGGUUAUAUCAGAGCAAAUUACUCCCUUGCCCAAAGUGCUGGACUCAGUUUGAUGUGGUACAAAAGCUCUGGUCCUGGAGACUUUGAAGAGCCAAUUGCUUUUGAUGGAAGUAGAAUGAGCAAGGAAGAAGACUCCAUUUGGUUCCGACCAACAUUGCUGCAGGACAGUGGUCUUUACGCCUGUGUCAUCAGAAACUCCACUUACUGUAUGAAAGUAUCCAUCUCACUGACAGUGGGUGAAAAUGACACUGGACUCUGCUACAAUUCCAAAAUGAAAUACUUUGAAAAAGCUGAACUUAGCAAAAGCAAGGAAAUCUCAUGCCGUGACAUAGAGGAUUUUUUGCUACCAACCAGAGAACCUGAAAUCCUUUGGUAUAAGGAAUGUAGGACAAAAAUAUGGAGGCCAAGUAUUGUAUUCAAAAGAGAUACCUUGCUUAUAAGAGAAGUCAGAGAAGAUGACAUUGGAAAUUAUACCUGUGAAUUAAAAUAUGGAGGCUUUGUUGUGAGAAGAACUACUGAAUUAACUGUUACAGCUCCUCUGACUGAUAAGCCACCCAAGCUUUUGUAUCCUAUGGAAAGUAAACUGACAAUUCAGGAGACCCAGCUGGGUGACUCGGCUAAUCUAACCUGCAGAGCUUUUUUUGGGUACAGUGGAGAUGUCAGUCCUUUAAUUUAUUGGAUGAAAGGAGAGAAGUUUAUUGAAGAUCUUGAUGAAAAUCGAGUUUGGGAAAGUGACAUUAGAAUUCUUAAGGAGCAUCUUGGAGAACAAGAAGUUUCUAUCUCAUUAAUUGUGGACUCUGUGGAAGAGGGUGACUUGGGAAAUUACUCUUGUUAUGUUGAAAAUGGAAAUGGACGUCGCCAUGCCAGCGUCCUCCUUCAUAAACGGGAGCUAAUGUACACAGUUGAACUUGCUGGAGGGCUUGGUGCUAUUCUCCUGCUGCUUGUUUGUUUGGUGACCAUCUAUAAGUGUUACAAGAUAGAAAUCAUGCUCUUCUACAGGAAUCAUUUUGGAUCUGAGGAGCUGGAUGGAGAUAAUAAAGAUUAUGAUGCUUACCUAUCAUAUACCAAAGUGGAUCCUGACCAGUGGAAUCAAGAGACUGGGGAAGAAGAACGUUUUGCCCUUGAAAUUCUACCUGAUAUGCUUGAAAAACAUUAUGGAUAUAAGUUGUUUAUACCAGAUAGAGAUUUAAUCCCAACUGGAACAUACAUUGAAGAUGUGGCAAGAUGUGUAGAUCAAAGCAAGCGGCUGAUCAUUGUCAUGACCCCAAAUUACGUAGUUAGAAGGGGCUGGAGCAUCUUUGAACUGGAGACCAGACUUCGAAAUAUGCUUGUGACUGGAGAAAUUAAAGUGAUACUAAUUGAAUGCAGUGAGCUACGAGGAAUUAUGAACUACCAGGAGGUGGAGGCCCUCAAGCACACCAUCAAGCUCCUGACAGUUAUUAAAUGGCAUGGACCAAAAUGCAACAAAUUGAACUCUAAGUUCUGGAAACGUUUACAGUAUGAGAUGCCUUUUAAGAGGAUAGAACCCAUUACACACGAGCAGGCUUUAGAUGUCAGUGAGCAGGGGCCUUUUGGGGAGCUGCAGACUGUCUCUGCCAUUUCCAUGGCCGCAGCCACUUCCACAGCUCUAGCCACUGCCCAUCCAGAUCUCCGUUCUACCUUUCACAACACGUACCAUUCGCAAAUGCGUCAGAAACACUACUACCGAAGCUAUGAGUACGACGUACCUCCUACUGGCACCCUGCCUCUUACCUCCAUAGGAAAUCAGCAUACCUACUGUAACAUCCCUAUGACACUUAUCAACGGGCAGCGGCCACAGACAAAAUCAAGCAGGGAGCAGAAUCCAGAUGAGGCCCACACAAACAGUGCCAUCCUGCCACUGUUGCCAAGGGAGACCAGUAUAUCCAGUGUAAUUUGGUGACAGAAAAGCAAGGGACAUCCCAUUCCUGGGAGUUUGAGCGGAAUCUGCAGUCCAGUGCCUGGAACUAAAUCCUCGACUGCUGCUGUUAAAAACAUGCAUUACAAUCUCUAGAACACGAGGAAAAACAGGGUCUUGUACAUAUGUUUUUUGGAAUUUCUUUGUAGCAUCAGUGUCUUCCUGUUUUACCAUGUCUCUUACCAUUACAUUUUUUGACUUUGUUUUAUAUGUCAUUGGAAUUUGUAAAUUUACAUUUUUUUUUAAAGAAGAGACUGAUGUAUAGGUAGAAAACCCUUUUUUGCUUCAUUAGUUUAGUUUUAGAAUGGGUUUUUAUUUCCUUUUUUAAAUUUUUAUUUUGCUUUUAACAUUUCCUUGGGGUGCUUGGACAAAUCUAUCUGAUGGGACAAGGAGCACCGGAUCCUCUCUCGAGUUCUGCCUAGGAUCAGCUGGGCCACGUCGGCCUUCAGAGAGCAGUGCAACGAACGCCAGCAUUGCCAUUUGUGAAAAACAAGAGAGAGAGAGAGAGAGAGAGAGAGAAGAACACUUGUUCAUAGGAGGGCCUACCUGUCAGGGCCCUGAAUCUCUUCCUUGUCCCACCUCAUUCCCCUCCUCUACCCUUCUAAUGGCAGCAUGAUGUGUAAACUCUGCAGAGGGGUGGGGGUGGGUCUAACUGUCUUAACAUUUAAUUCACUGCUCUUCAGAAUACACUCUAGACCCAAAGGCGUGCUAGUCACUUGACAGUGACCACUACAGAGUGCUAAGAAGAGAAGUUCGAGGGCAUGAAAAUGAGGGAGAGUGUUGUUUCCGUUUUUUAAAUGAGUUGAUGUACCCUUAUAUAUAUAUAUAUAUAAAUAUAAAUAUAAAUAUAAAUAUAUAUGAAACAGCAAAACAAAACAAACAAAAAAAACACAAAAAAAAACACACAAAAAACAAAAAAACAAAAAAAAUCAAGCCCUAUAUUUGAUCACUUCCUGGAAAGGCAUGAAUGUGUUUGUGGCUGUUUUUGUUUAAUAUUCUACUUCCUCUUUUCCCGCUAUAAUUUUUCUGCAAAUGAGAUUAUGUGCAAAUGCCAGGCAAGUUAACUCAAAAGGGUGAAUCAAGGCAAGUCAAAAUGAAAUUUACAUUGAAGUCUUUCAAACCAAAGGGAAGAACAGGAUGUGUCAUCAAAUAUGUUUUGUCACCUUGUAUUAUACAAAAUGUUAUUUUCUAAAGAGUCAGAGAAAAUCUGUGAAUCUUAUUGUGCGUCCCCUUGUAUUUAAAUGUUAACUCACUUGUGUUUAAUAUUUAAGGCUACAUUCAGGACUAAGUGUUUGGUUUCAGUUUGUGAAUAAGCAACACAUAUUAAUAUAAGGUGUUUAAAUAAGAACUCAGGAGGUCAAACAUGAAUAACAACAGAGAUCAGUAUUUUCAAAGUAAACAUUAUUUACAAAAGAUAGUUUUUAAAUUAGAUCAGAAAGUAUUUAAAAUAAUUAAUUUUACUGUAUAAAGAAUUAAUUUUAUUUUAGCUAUAUGAUUAUAUCAUUCAGAAAUAGAAAGCUGAUGCUCCCAGGAAAUUCAUCACUUACCACUUAGCUUUAUGUUUGAAAUUGAUGAUAUAAGCAGCUAAUUCAUAUUCAUGUUAAGAAUGAUAUAAAAUCAAUCACAAAGGAACCUACAGAGAACAGAAUUGUUAAAAGGAAAUAUUACCUAUGUAGCUUUUAGUUUUACAAAAGUCAAUGUGACAGAAACAGAUAAUAGAACUUAAACAUUACUUUAGUGAUUCAUCAAAGGAACUUCCAUCCCAGUCAUCAUCUGUGGACUCGUGUAGUGACUAUUGUACAUUUGCUUUAUUCCUAACACCAUAUAAUGAGAAAACAAUUCUACAGUUUGGUGUGAGUUGUGAGUUGGCCACAAAAAAAGAAUAAGUGUAAACUGCAAUAGAGUUCAUUGGGGAGGGUAAGAUAGAACUGCAAACGUGUGAGAGAUGAGUAUAAGCAUUUUAUAACAGUGCAAAGGUCCCAGUAUCUGUUUGACAAGGUAAAGGAGUCUUAGGAUGUGCAUUGAUUUUUAUUUGCUUAAAAAAUGUUUACUUCCAUGACAACUUGCCUGGGUCUUUCUCUACAAAUCUGUCUUUAUUCCUGUGCUCCCUUGGAUCCGUGUCACAUUUUCACAAACCAGAACAGAAGCUACAAGGACACAUAAAACUUUAAGGUCAGCUUUGCACAUUGGGUUAUGUUCAGAAUCGGAGAAGGCCAUUGUUUACUUUGUAUUAUGGACACCUGUCAGGGACUGGUGGCAGUGAACCUCAUUGGACUGGAUUCCAAACUCCCCCACUGCUCAGAAAACUGUAAAUGUGGCAAUGGCCUGGUUUAAUUCUUUGGGGUUUUUUUGAAACUUUUUAUUUUUUUUUAUUUUUUUUAUGUGCACGAUGGAAGUGUGGAAUAAAUGUAGAGGAAGUAAUCAGACCACAGUCAUAUUUUAGGCAUCCAUAGGUGUUAAUUUAGCUGCAUUGGGAGUACAUUUUUUUGUUCUAUUUUUAGCGUAGAUUUAAGCACUUUGAAUAGCAUGAUUCAGGGAUUGAUGGGUAAUAUUUGAUAUUCUCACAACUUAAGGAACUUUUUUUUCCUCUAAUGCUUUGUCAUAUUUAAAAAAUGAAAUAAAUGCAAAAGAAGCUAUCUAUGGAUUUAGAAACAUUCCUCCCAAGUAUUCUUCUAUCAGCUCCAUAUGAGAACAAAUGAAGGAAACUGUCAUGUGUUCACGUGCUCUAUGUUUAACAAAAGUUCUGUUAGAACUCACAAUAAAAUGAGAAAAAAUGUAUUUCCCCUAGUGCUUAGGUUUCAUCCUUCUUUUUUUUUUUUUUUUUUUUUGGUGGGGUUCUGGGGGAUAAGAAUAUUCUAGUUGUAAAAACACAAUUGCAAAUGUGAAUAUGUUAGCCAAGCUGGGGAAGAGAAUGGACUUCCAGACUUGGUCAUGUGUGACGUUUGGUAUUGCCUGUUUUUCAUCAAUCGCCGCUUGGGCUCUGAAUGAUUCAAAACGAGUCUUAGGAUUCAAAAGUCCAUCUGGUUCUUUAGUGUAACCUCAACUUGCUGCUUAUGAGCGUCCAACCCUUUAUUCUGGUGCUCAAAUCUUUGAUUAUUUAAUUUGUACCCCAUUUCUUAGGUCUUCUGUGGGCAGAGAAGAUAUUUGUAUCUUGUGUAGCCAGCUGAUUUAAGUUUAGAUCAAUUCUAUGAAAUCCAAGACAUAGUUAAGAGUCACGAACCUACUACAUUUCUAUAGCUAAACACCUGAUUGUUCAAAUAGUUAAUGAUUUUGUGUUUAUUAUUUUGUUCAUACUAUAUGUAUUGGACCCUACUGACUUAAUCUUAAAUAUAUAGAUGCUGGUUUCUUCCAUAUUUCAAUAUUAUUAAUCAUUUUUUAACAAGAGCAAAUAUUAACUGACAGCCAGCUCCUAAACUCUAAGUUUUGAUUAUCCUAGAAUAGUCCUUUUCAGAUACAAUUUAUGUAAAUUGAUAUCACCAUUUCUAGGAAAACAUUCAUUCAUAAAUUUGUGAAGUAUUUUCUGAUUCUGGAAUGAUACACAAGUUCUCCCUAUUUUAGGGGUAUUUUUUAUCUUGUGCUUAAUGUCUUUUUUUAAAAAAAAUAGUUUUAGUUUAUAAUCAUUAGUCCCAGAAAAAAAGCUUAUUAAAAUUCAAAGGAUAGUAUUGACAUUGUACCAGCAAAGUGACUUAAUAGAACUAAAAGAAUACACAGACAUGAAAGAAGAAAAUCCUUUAUUGUCUGAACUAGCUUGGCCCUUAAUACCACUAUUGAUGUAGUUAAUUAAUAUAGGUAAAAUAUUAUUAAAUAAGUUAGAAACCCCACCUACAGACCUAUAUUCCCUUUUGUGGAAAAAAAAAUUCUAACAGCAUAUGCAGUCAUUACAAAAAGAUGCUGAUGCAACUGGGCUCCUUAAAAAGAGAAACUUGUCAAUGGAAGCAGAGGCUAUUCCUUGCCUUCUCUUGAAUCCUGCCCCUUGAUUAUUCUGAACAAAGAAAGUAACCUACAAAUUUUGGAUGUCCUUAAUAAUAGACCUUAAACUUGAGGAUACCUUGGAUCUACAAAAGGAUUAUAAGAAAUAAGCCCUUGGAAUUCCAGAUAAAAUCAAUAAACCUGUUUUUCUGGGUGUGAAUCUGAAGACACUUAUCACCUAAAAAGCUACUACUAUUUGAAUUUAGAGGAUAGUCUCAUACAGGAAAAUUCAUAUAAACCCACAUAUCAUGUAGACAUGUUAUAUCUAUCAUUUGUUACUUUCAUGAAAAUUCAGGGGAUGACUAUUAUUCUUCUAAUAGAGGCAAUUCCUCUUCCAGUGUAGCCUUUCUUUGUGGGAGAAUAGUAAACUAAAAUUUCAUGAUGAAUAUUUAUGCCCAGAUAAAUGAGAAUUGACUACUAUUAUUGGGAUAGUUAUUAAUUUCUUCACCUAUUCAAAGGGUAGUUUGGGGUAAAAUUGUGCAAUUGGCAAUGAUAGCAUAUUUAUUAAUCUUCUUUAUGGUUUGUGUUUACUCAUCUUUCCUUCAACAAAACUGAAAUUCAUAUAAUAUACAAAGAGAAUAAAUAACCUUUUGAUGUGUCUUUCCAAAAAGACCCAGCUCUUUUGUGCAAAGAUUUAGAACAGGUAACUUGACUUUCAACAAUUAAAUCUUGACCAGUUUCAUUAAUUAUGAUAUGAAUUUGGGGUAAUAUAGAAAAUUUUGAGAAUAAACUGAAGUAAGGUGGUGGUUAUUUAAAGUUUUAAUUUUUACUUGUAAUCCAUAGCAAAGUGAAAGUUUAUGCUGUUAUAAAUUGAGGUGGUGCCAUAAGGAGCUAUAAGAACUGACUAAAUUUGAAUAAAAUAAGGACAAAGAUGUGAUGAGUUAAUUCUAAUAUUAAUCUUAUGUGCCUUGUCAUCAUCAAAUUUCAGUCACAUCUGUAGAAAAUGAAGACUAAAAAGGUAGUCACUCCAAUCUUCUAUUCAGUAUCAUUUCUUCACUCCAGGCUCAGAACACAAAGAAUUUCUCCA